AGCUUCUAGUGCAUGCAUAUCAUCAGAGGACCACGCCGUCGAGACAGCGUGCUCGCCGGUCCUGUGGUCACAACUCCAUGCAGUCUGUGAUUCGGUAGUUCAGUUGCCUGCAUCUCAGCGGGCCGGCACGUAGACCGCAUUUACAUCGCCGCAUCGCGGUCACACGUUUGCGAUCGUCUGGCAAGAAUAGAGGGCCCAGACGGACGAGAAUCAGUACAUGUACUCGGACCGCCUCUCCUCGCCAAGAUCCGCACACUUAUCGCUCGCACGGCCACCACCUUCACUCGCCCCCCACGAUGUCCAUUCAGUCGAAACACUUUCAAAAUGCCCCUGAGAAUCUUGUCAUCGAGUCACUUCAGGGUCUCUGCAGCUUGAAUCCGCAGAUCGACCUCGAUACCGCGAACAAGGUCGUCUAUGUUGCUUCGCCGGACCGCUCGAAAGUCGCGUUGAUCUGCGGAGGAGGCUCAGGACACGAACCCGCCCAUGCAGGAUUCGUAGGCUAUGGCAUGCUUACUGCUGCUGCCUGCGGAAGCGUUUUCGCAUCUCCGAAUCCCAGCCAAGUGCGUCGGGCCAUUGACAUUGUCGAGAAUGAGAAGGGCUCAGUCAUUAUUGUCAGGAACUACACCGGCGACAUCCUGAACUUCGGGCUCGCAAAGGAACAGUAUGCAGCUCUACACCCGGAGAAGGCGGACCGCGUCAGGUUCGUCAUUGUCGGUGACGAUGUCGCUGUGGGCAGGACGCAGGGAAAGAUCGUAGGACGCAGAGGUCUCGCGGGGACCUGCCUCGUCUACAAGAUCGCUGGCGCGCUCGCCGAGCGUGGCGCCGAGCUCGAUGAAGUCCACGCCAUCGCGCAGUGGGUCUCAUCCCGCGUGGGCACGAUCGGUGUCGGACUGGAGCACUGUCAUGUCCCAGGUACGGCUGCGGGCGAGUCGCACCUGAAUCCAACUGAGAUCGAGAUCGGGAUGGGUAUUCAUAAUGAGCCGGGCAACCGUCGCGUGUCCCCCGUCCCGUCCGUGAACGAGCUCGUUCCGAUGCUCCUCGAGCUGCUCACAUCCACGACGGACCCUGAGCGUUCUUUCCUCCCGUUCAAGGGCAAGGACCACCUCGUGCUCCUCCUGAACAACCUCGGGGGUACGAGUGAGCUCGAAAUGGCGGGUAUUAUCCGCGAGACGCGGCAUGCGCUCGAAGCGCAGGGGUACAAGAUCCGGCGUGUGCUGGCCGGGACGUUCAUGACGAGUUUGAACAUGCCUGGCUUCUCGAUCACCGUCCUGCUGCUCCCUCACCGCACCGAAACCGACGAGUCGGUGCCGGACACGGAGCUCCUCCUCUCCUUGCUCGACGAGAAGCCCGCCGUGCCCGGCUGGAAGUGGGCUUCAGCGACCACGCCGGAGCCGUCUUCGCUGCAGAUCAAGCGCACGGUCAGCACUGCUCCUGCGGCGGCCGUGGGGGACGUCACGAAGCUGGGCUCGGAAGACCCGGCCGCGUUCAUCGCCUCGGUGAAGCGCGCGUGUGGGGCGCUCAUCGAUGCGGAACCGGAGAUCACUCGGAUGGAUAAUAUCGCGGGCGAUGGUGAUUGCGGACUGACGCUCAAGGACGGCGCGAACGGUGUGCUGAGGAACGUCGAAAGCGGCAAAAUCUCUGGAGACGAUGUCAUCAGCUCGAUCAUCUCCAUAUCAAAGGUGGCCGAAGAGCAGAUGGGCGGGACGAGCGGCGCACUCUACUCCAUUUUCUUCUCCGCACUCGCGCAGGGCCUGCAAGCGAACCACGGCCACCAGAAGACUCUCACUCCCGCGCUAUGGGCCAAAGCGGUCUCAUAUGCGCUCGAAAAACUGUACACGUAUACGCGGGCACGCCCUCCGUCGCGCACGUUGGUGGACCCGCUAGAUGCAUUCGUGAAGGCCCUCACGGCGUCGAAGGGGACGGACUUUGCCGGCGCUGUGCAAGCGGCGGACGCGGCGGCGCAGAAGACUCGGGACCUCGAGGCGAAGGCGGGGCGCAGCGCGUAUGUCGAGGGCAAUCGGCUCAAGGACCAGCAGGUGCCCGACCCUGGUGCGUGGGGUGUCAAGGUCGUCCUUGAGGGCUUGCUCGCCUCGGCGUAAAAGGCGACCUGCGCACUAGACUUGGAUGAAUGAAGAAUGAAGACCGAGCGAGCAGUCAUUAUAGAGAGAAAUUUGAAGAAGGCCAAAUGCCAUGUGUAUAUUAAGAUAUGCGAGAAGAAG